AUGGCUCUUCCUCAUCAUGCAACAUUUGAGUCAUAUACACAAAAUCUUUCAAUUUCGAUCGAAGAUAUCGAGACUACAAUAGGUAAAAUUAUCUUAACAAUUCAUCUACGUCAAGAAUAUGUAUCAGUUGCCCAAGUUGAACAAGAUCUUUUUGCACAUUAUGGUGUUCAAUCGUUUAGAGAAUUAGGUGUUAAUCAACGAGAUCUGAAAACUUUAACGAAUCAUAUUCAUCGUGAUAAAGAUGUUACUUUUUACAUGCAAGUAUUCGAACAAAUUUUCAAUUUAUGUACAUUAUAUGAUCUUGGUCCAUUGAUUGCUAAAUUUCUCAAAGUGAACAAAUAUGAAGAUGCACAUCUUGGACCACUAGAUGAACAUCCUGCCAUAAAACGAAUUUUUAAAUAUAAACCUAUAAAACGUCAUGUACCAAUUCCUGAAAUAACAAGUGGAGAUAUUAUAUAUGCAUUUGUCGAGUUUCAACAGAGUCAUCAAAAUAGAAAAUUUCUCUAUGAAGAUUUUAUCGAUGAACUUGUUCAAGAAUAUGAAUUAGAAAAACGUGAACAACUUGGUCUUUUUUGUAGAUCUUUUCCAUAUUUAAGUGAAGUAACAAGAAAAUUAACACAAGAAUGGAAUAGAUGUGAUAAACGAUUUGUAUCUGAUGCUACUAGACGUAUUACUAAUGAAGUUGAAAAAAAAUUACAAGAAAUGCAGCAAGAGGUGUUGAUUGUUGAUAAACAUUUGAAUAUUGCCCAACAGAAAGCUAUUCAUGAUUUAUUGAUUAAAAUUCGAAAAGAUGAUUUAUUAAGAUGUUUAUUAAACAUAAGUAUUUAUUUGGGUUCAAUGGACAAACCUGAAAAAUUCAUUGCUGAAUUUCAAAAACUCACUCAAAAUCAAAAUUCUACGUCAUCAUCACAACAAUCUUCAAAUGCCAAGAAAUCUUUGAAUAAUAAUUAUCAUCAACAAAAUUCACCAAAUAUAUCCAAUGCUCAUAAUGUGAAAUCAGAAGGAAAUAUUUCUUCAACAAUAAAUGAAACAUCAUUUGCAAAAUUGUCUUCACCAUCAUAUGAAACAAGAUCGUUAAUAUCUCUUCAAGAUAUAUGUUCCGAUUUAUUUCUUAUUCUCGUUCGUUUUGAUUCGGUUUUGACAAUCAAACAACUCUAUGAUAUACAAAAUCAUUUAUGUAAAAAAUAUUCAAUAAAAAAUUUCUCUGAAUUUUGUUUUAUCGAUAAUGAUGAUGAUGAAAAUAAUUAUCUUGAUCUUAUAUCAUUUAUUCAUAAGCAUCGUGAUAAAAUUGAUCAACACGGAGAUUUAUCAAUAUAUGAAUAUAUUUCAUCAACUAGUGAUCGACAAGAAAUCUAUACAUUUGUUAAUCAACUUACAGUAAUUAAAAAUUGGAGAGAAAAACAAGAACAAAAUGAAUAUUCAAUUGAUCGUAAAAUUAUUAUGAGUAAAGAUCAAUCGUCUGCUGUUGAAAGAGCAUUACAAUAUAAAUUUGCUGGACAAAUUGGACCUCAUCGAGUUUCUCAAAUAAUCAAAAAAGCAAAACAUCAGUAUAAGAAAAAAAUUCGUUCAAUUAUUCAGUAA